AAGCCCAGUGGGUUAGUUCCGCACAACUCGCCAGUUACCACCUUUGGCAGCUUAUUGUUCUUAAUGGAGUAUUAACUUUAUACUCCCGCCCCCUCGAAAACAUAAUAUUCAUCUUAAAUUUCAGAUUUUUCUUUUAUCAUCUCUGUCACACGGACGGUGCUGGAUUUAUCUUCUUAAUAAGCUUCUAUUUUUCUCAUCUUAAUAGACUAAAAAGUCUGCUUAGUUUCAUGAUCAACAAUGGCGAAGAGAAAGCCUCAAGAUGAAUUUAUUGUAGUAGAUGUCGACUCUCCAAUGUCAGAGGUUUUUGCUCGAAUUUCGAAACACCGGUCAUGUUGGAAACACAUGGUAACGAGUUUGUAUACUCAUGGAAAGAAGAUAAAGAAGAAGGAAGCUGAAAAGUUGAGGAGAUUUGAUUUAAUAUCACAGUGCUUUCUAGGUACCUUUCCUACUCGUCAGCGAUCAAGGAGGAGAAUUAAGCACAAAUUUGCAAUUACAAGAGUAAUCAAAGAAAAGGAAAAGAAAAGGCUAGAUAGUGGAGAAUUUGACUGCUAUUUUCAAAAUCUGUGGAAAAGCUUCUCCAAAGAGAAGAGGACUUCCUUUGUAUACCUUGAUAGUUUGUGGUUUUACUGGUACUUGAAAGCAUCAUGGAAAGGAAAGGUGCUCACUUGGAUAAAGAGAAAGCAAAUUUUUUCCAAGAAAUAUGUUCUUGUUCCUAUUGUUUGCUGGGGUCAUUGGAGCCUCUUGAUCUUCUGCCACCUUGGUGAGGUCUCUGAGUCCAACGACAGAACACCUUGCAUGUUGUUGCUGGAUUCACUUGAAAUGGCUAAUCCAAGGCGUCUUGAACCAGAUAUAAGAAAGUUUGUGUUGGACAUAUAUACAUCAGAGGGCAGGCCUGAAGAUAAAAAGCUGAUUUCUCAAAUUCCAUUAUUGGUACCUAAGGUGCCACAGCAAAGAAAUGGUGAAGAAUGUGGGAAUUAUGUUCUUUACUUUAUAAAUUUGUUUAUGCUGGGGGCUCCAGAUGAUUUUAGCAUCAAGGACUACCCUUAUUUUAUGAAUAAGAACUGGUUCAGCCCUGAGUGCUUGGAGCGCUUUUCUGAGGAAUUGGAAUCAUUUGGAAAGUGAUAUGCCACGAUUCCUAUCAUUUGUAAUGUCCAUCUAUAAGGAGCUGUGAGAGGUUUGCUAGUUUCAGCGUUGUGAAACGUGGUAGAAGGAACAUUUGCCGUUCAUGGCGAGGGACAUUCUUAAAAUUCCGGCAUCUGUUUCUACCAUUUAAAUUCAGAUCAUUGUUAAGUUCCUAAAGUUUGAUGUUUGACAUGAUAAAUCUCACAUAUUAAGAAAUAUAUUAAAUUUAGGUAAGAUAUCAGUGAAGGGCACACCACAGGUAGGAUAUCAAGGUUAACAGUAGAAGUGAAGGAAUUAGGAGAGGGUGCUGGGCCCCUUCGACGGUGGCCGCUAGCUAUCAGGGUUCACCCAGUUUGGUAUUAGGGAACUGAAUAUAUUGGAAGGAGAGAGGAGGGAAGAGGCGAUGCAGGAGAGAGAGGAGGCUGCCAUGAAACAUUGACUCCUGGCUUGUAGCUGGCUUUUGUCGAUUAAAAGUUUGGGUUUUUAUUCGUCUUUGAUUGUAAAAACUACAAAGAAUGAAUUAUAACCUUAUUCUCUCCCGUUA